CGACGACGAACGAAGAAGAAGGAGCAGAAGGAGAAGAAGAAGAAGAAGAAGAAGAAGAAAGAGGCUCACCAAGCAAGGUCGUCGUCGAUAUUCGUCGCGGGAACGAGCAAAAGCUGUAGUAGGUGCAGAAGAGCACACAGUGCAGCGCAGCAGCAAGAGAAGAGUCCGCGCGCGAGAACUGGAAACGUGCCCCGCGGACACUCGUCUCGUUGUUUCAUCGCUGCGGCCAACUUCUCUUGUCCCUGCAUCAUCGUCGUAUCACUCCUUCCCCAGGAGGAGGAGGGAGGACGAGCACUGUGUGUGUGUGUGUGUGUGUGUGAGUGUGUCGUGGGACUGAUGCGUGAGCAGGCAGGGGCAGGGCGUUGAUGUACACCGGUGGCUCUCGGUGGUGGUGUCGUAUGCUGCGCGGCGUGGUGGGUGCACAUCGACGACGGCAUUGGGACGGGCGUAGUUGUUGCUGUUGCUGAUGACUGCUUGAGCCUUCGAGCCGCGCACCAGCUCUGGUGGUGAAGGUGACUCUAUCGCAGAUUUGGAGAUACCAAGCACUUGUGCCACGAAAUGGACGGUCUGCUGGAGAAGAUUGUGGAAUUGGCGAAGGAUGCUGAACAUUUGAAACGCACUUGUCGGUGUGAGCAUGGCACCCCUACCCGGUCAAACAAAAAAGCCAAGAGAAACGGUCAUAACGGGACUCCCGCUAGUCCUGAAAGGCAGUCGACGGACAUCAUUGCUUCUUCGCCUUUUAAUUUUCGAGGCCAUAAGUUGGAUUUUGAAGGACCAGGAGGAGACGGUGACUGGGUGUCGGCAUUUAAAGCAGAGGCUGGGCCAUGGUCGGGUGAACGGCUGGUGGUCCUCAGCCUAUUUGAUGGACUCGGCGGAAUUUGGCAAGCGCUCACUAAACUUGGCAUUCCCUUCAGUGGGUACAGCUCUGAAGUGUUGGCGCCAGCAAUACAAGUUGUAAAAUCUCGGCAUCCCCGUGUCAAACAUGUGGGUGAUAUUCGGAAGUUGAACCUGUCUGCUGUACCGGAGAAAGUGGAUCUUGUAGUUGGCGGCUUUCCAUGUCAGGAUCUAAGCAUCAUGGGGAAAAAGGAAGGGCUACACGGAAGCAGGAGCAAACUCUUCUUCGACCUUCUUCGCGUGUUAAAGGUCUUUAAACCCAAAUGGUUCUUAGUAGAGAACGUUGCAUCAAUGUCGUGGGUUGAUCGAGAGGAGAUCACUAGGCAUUUAAAAGUGGCACCCAUGGAGCUGGAUUCUCAAGAGAUCACAGCUAGUAAGCGCCGCCGUCUUUACUGGACAAACAUUCCUCAUCCUCCACGGUUGCCUCGCUUACGCGAUCACCCGUCUACGUCCCUUCAAAGCUGCCUUGAGGGUGCACUUGCACUAGAACAGAAAUGCGGAGUCAUCCUCUGCAGCAACUUGUAUAAAGGUAGUACCGCCAGAUUGGAACUCGUCCUAGAUAACAAGACCAAUAAACUUCGAUAUAUCAAGCAGACGGAGGUUGAAGUGCUCAUGGGCUAUCCCAAGGAUUAUACGAAUGUUGUAGCGCAUGAAACUAAGGGGAGAACAGAACAAGCUGAAAAAGUCUUGAAAACACCAGUGAGAGCGAAGUCUGUCGAGCCGAAACCUAGUUCUGUAACACCACCCUCAUCAAGACAGCUGCGUAAGAACAGAAAGUCGCAAACUUUUUUCGUUCCACAAGUAUGGGAAACAAAGCCAACUCGACAGGAUAGCCUUAAAGACAUUGAUAGGUGGUUUUUACUGGGCAAUACAUUUUCGGUGCAAGUCAUUGCAUACCUCACCAGCCCGUUGCUGAGAGCCGAAGUUCGUUCCCAUGGGAAACGAGUAAAUAUUGUUGGCUCAGUUAAAGAGGAGGAGUUGUCAGCUAUGGAACCCGGUGAUGUUUGGGCAUUAUUCAAUGAGUAUGGGCGACCAAACUGGUAUGCUGUCAUUGAAUCUAGAACUGGGGACAGAUUUUCUGCCUUUCCAGAUGCUACUGGUAAACGGAAUGUCACAAAGCUGCCCCUCAAAAUUGAAAUGAAAUAUCUGGAAAUGACGCCUGCCUAUCUCAAAGAAGAAGUAGACGAGUGGAAUCCACAGCGAGGUUCUGGCUUAUUGAAGUUACGCAACGUGAUGGAUAUUCAAGACAAUUGGCAAGCUUUUUCUCACAGGGUGACGAGCUAUGUCAAGUUGGAGGACUCCUACUUUGUGUACCCAGGAAACGAUGAGGUUUGGGCCGUUUAUAAUGGUGAAACCUUAAGUCGUUAUUUUGUGUAUGUGUCCGAGAGCACAAUUAGUUCCGACAGACUAAGGAGAGGCAAACCGGGACAAGAAGGAUUUCACGCGCGCUGCCUGCUUUUGCAGAAAACAGCAGAACAUGAAAUUUUCCUGAAAACCUCCACAAUGGUGGAAUUUACUGAUCUCCAACCCUUUUGCUUUCGAGUUCCAUUUUAUAUCAAACAUGAAGCAAAUUUGCUUAAAGUAGAGGUAUCUGGCGUCAAGAGCCGACAAAGCAUGAGGGCAGAUAAGGAUUCAACUGCAGGAUAUGAAAGGAGAGGAAAGAAGGAUCUGGGUGGACCAGAUGAUGAUGAAGAUGGCGACCUUAUUGGUGGUGAUCUCGAUUUUCCCGAAGACAAUGACGCAGACCGUAUUGGUGCUGCUACGGGGACACCAGGAUCCAUUGAAAUGAUGUCUGGAUAAGGAAGUGACGUCUCCACUCUGUAAAUCUGCAGUACUUUGGAUAGCGGAGCAGCUUCCUCUCAAAAUUUAUUUUUAGUUCAAGCCCUGUAGCAUAGAUGGCUAUUCUUGUCUACAAGAAAUGAUAUCUCUGAAAUCUCACGAAGGUGGGCAAUUUAAAGAUAGUAUUUUCAGCUCCUAUCCGCAGACUCGGUAGACAAUCAGGUGCUUCGGCAAGUGACUGCGGUUUGCAAAGUUUUUAUGCGGUAAGGGCUCAGGAACAUGGAUUGAAGGUGUUAAUAAUGUUUCUCCAGGUGGUAGGCUAUCAGCAUUCUUCCAAGUAGGUGACAGAAAGAACUUCGUACUCCUAAGCUGCAGCUGUACCCUUUACGAUGCGUGUUAUUCUUGUGAAACGUAUAAUUUGAUGGGGCAAAUUGCAACGUUGAUUGAUCAGA